CAGCGGCGGCGCGGCGGCUGCGGGCGCCGGCAGGGAGAGGCUGCAGGUGAGGAGCAGCACAGCGUGGAGGCGUUCCCCCGCCCCUGCCCGCCUCGCGGCCGCCACCCUCUUCACACCCGGCUGCCCUCAAGCCUCCGGGGCCGGGCAGUGCGGCGCGGCGGGGCCGGGACAGCGACGGGCGCUCGGCGGGCCGGAGCCGCCAGCAGGCCGGCGGGCGAGGCGAGGCGAGGCUGAGGCGGUGUCGGGAGGCGGGCUGCCGGCCCCGCCAGGCAGCGCUCCUCCCUCCCUCCCGCGCAGGGAGCCCCCGCCGGGGUGACAGCCGCGGCGUGCCCAGCUGCGCCAAGCCCGAGCCGCCCCGGCCCGGGGUGCGGAGGCAGCGUCCGCAUCGGCCUUCUCGCCGCCGGGACGACGAGAGGCGGGAGCCACCACCCCCGCGCCCGCCAUGUGGAAGCUCAACAAGAGCAGCAAAGUUCUGCUGGACGACUCGCCCGAGGAGGAGGAGACGCGGCCCCGCGGCCCGCCGCCCGCAGCCGCCUGCACCGCCGCCGCUUUCGCGGCCCCCCAGAAUAAAGACCAGUUUCUUCAUGAUGAAGUUUCAUCUUCAGUGUCACAACUUGCAACAAAGGUUCAAGGUGCAAGUUUCCGGGGUUGGAAAGAAGUGACAUCUAUGUUCAAUAAAGACGAUGAACAGCAAUUGCUGGCAGGUUGCAAGUCUCCAAAAUCCAAAGGAACAAACCUAAAGUUAAAAGAAGAGAUGAAGUCUGAAAAGAAGCCGGGUUUUUGGGACAGUUUGGUGAUAAAGCAGAACGUCCAGUCAAGGAAACCGGAUGAGAUUGAGGGCUGGGAACCACCACAGAUUGCCGCUGCUGACGCUGCCAGCGACACAGCAGCUGCUCUAAGUGACUAUACAGCCUGGUCAGGCUGGGAAGAUGAAACCAAAGGCUCCACGAAAUACACAAACCUGGCCAGCUCAGGAAACAGUUCCAGGUGGAGUAUCAAAUCGGCCGGAAAGCUGGUUAGUAUUAGACGUCAAAGCAAAGGUAACCUGACUGACAACUGGGAAGAGCUAGAAUGAUACUGGUAAUGUGAAAUACUUAGAAAAGUUCCAUGAUUUACUCGUAUGUUUAAACCAAAAUCAAACCUGCUCAAUAUUGCACCUUUAUACAGUACUUUGUUUUAUUCAAAUUGUUACAGAUUUUUGCUCACCUGAUAGUAAAUUUUCUUAUUACAUUGUCAAAUAGCUAUGUUUUCCACACUGAAAAAAAAAAGUAGAGAAUCUAUUUUGUGCCUAUCUUUCACAUUCAGACUCUGCAGUAUGUUGGAUCAUUGGUUUUACCAAAAAAAUGUAAUUCCUUAGUGAAUGUAUACACUGGUUGUAAAUUUGACUGCCUUAUGUAGGAACUUCCACUAGCCUGAGGUCCUGGGGUUCUUUUGGUAUUUGAGGGCCGCUCAAAAUUUUAGUUUUGAUGCUGUCCCUUUUUAACUAGGAGUCCUGAUCUGUCGCUUGCAGGGAGAGUGCUUAUACUUAGUAGACUGUUUUCCAAAUCUUCAGCCUCAGCAUACGCUUCAGCUUGUGAACACAAGAUGCUCAGUCAUCCCGAUGUGCUCUGCUGUGUAGGGAAUGGGAAAAUACUUAUUCCAGUGUAAUUUCUUCCAUUGCAGGAUCUUCGCCAAUAGCCAGGUCAAAUUGGGUCUUCCAGAGGGUUUUUUUUCUUUAAAGUGGAACAUUGUUUGACAAAGCUCAGCUUCUCCGUUUUAAGGAUGCAUGUUAUGCCAAAAAAUAAAAAUGAUGGAAAUUUGGACAGCAGCAGUGAGCAGAGUGUGAGAAGAUCUCGAUAUCCAGCAUCCGUAGCCCUGCAUCUAGGGAUAAAGUGUGUCUUCUGGGAGGGCAUGUGUUUGCAUUUUUAUGAGAGCUGAUCCCUGUUCUGUGGACAACUUUUUUGGUUCAUUGCUGUGUUGCUCCUUCCUCCUCUGCCCCCAUAAGCAGUGAUUGAAUUGUACUCUGGCAUCUUCAGGGUAACUGAGUAACUGAGCCAUUGCAAGUAUGUGCAUGCACACAACUUCUGAAGCAUUUUUGUUAUAAAGCUCAGUCUUAUUAGCUACUGAAUAUUUUAUUUUUUUGGUAAAAGAAAGGUGAAGUGUUAAACUUGAGAUUUGAAAUGUAUAUAAGAAUACUCAAAGUGCCUCUUUCUAGCAUAUUGUCUCUCAUGAGCGGUGUGACUGAUGUCAGAUCCAAAGCUGAUUUCCAUUUUUGUUUAUGUGACCUAUAGAAAUACUGCUUUAACCUUCAUGGCGGGGGGGGGGGGGAAUCAACCCCAAAGUUUCCUGCGAAGUAGUCAGUAGGCCUUUUCUGCCCUGAUUGUUAAACUGGUGUAACAGCACUGACCACUUGCUGGCUGCCCAGCAGCACAGCCAGUGCAGUCAGGAGGCCCAGUGGGCAUUUCAGAGAAGAGCAGUGUUUUUGCAAGCAAGCAUCUAUGUACCUUUGUGGAACGGGUGUCUGUAAACGUGCUUUUGCAAGAAGCUGAUGCUGAUGACAAGGGAUGCAUGCCAUUUUCUUCUAAGCUCCUACCUUGUUUCUGUUGCUGCCACAUUCCUCCUUUCUUAGCUUUCUCCUUCUCCUCCCUCUUCAUGAAUAGAUUUCUGGCUUACAGUUCCUGGAUAGCUGUUUUUUGGAGAUACGUGUUGCGAUGUGCCUGGAGGGAAACUGUAGCAAAAUGUUUUAUUCCUUUUCCUCUUUUUAUUUUGUUGUUCUUUUUCUGGUAUUAAUAAAAUAUUAAAAGACAUUGCUCUUAAAUUUAUAGAAAAGAACCUGUAAUAGGAUGUUAAAAGACAUUGUUCUUCAAAUUUAUAUAAAGUAACAUAAAUGUUUUGUGCUACAAAACAGGAUCUUGGAAUUGGCAAAUGUAGUUGUGAAAUUGGCAUGAUACAUUUUUCAAAAUGCUAAUAGAGGAGAAAGGGUUCGUGUUUGUAUUGCAUCAUUUAGUCUGGGAGUAAACUUUGGCAAGCAUGUAUGCUGAGGUUAAUCACAGGAAAGAAUUAGUAUUCUUGGGUAAAGUAUGCUGCAUUUUAUAGCUUAUAGAAUGCCUUCUAAGGCACGAGCUAGUAUUUAGUUUGGUUGUUGGUGCUGACCUAAAAGAACGGAAGAGGAUCAUCUAGCAGCCCUCAAUAUUUUGCUCUCAAAGAUGGGCUGAGAUCUUCUAACUUCCUGAAGGAACUAUUUAUACUGUGACCGGUAAAGGUUUUGCCUUGCACAUUAUACUGUCAAGUGCCUGUUUCUCACCUUGAUGUGUUUGUUGCACAGCUUAACUGCAACACUUUUCAGUUGGUUUUUACACGUAUGAUAGAGAAUAUGCUCACCAAGUUGAAGCCUCUUCCAGAACAAAAUUGCAUCCGAGCGGGAAAUCAAGACACGCCAACUUGCAGUUUGAGGCCUAGCGACGGAAGGUUUGGUGUGCUGCUCAAGUGAGAUUUCCUCAGAAAUAACCACUCUGAGGAUGAGUGUUAUGAAACUUAAUUUAUUGUUAUCCUUUAAUAAUGUAUUUGUUGAGAACUCACUGGCGUGAGCUUCUCUUCUGUUCAUAAACCCGUCUGAAUUCUCAGAACGAGGUCCUCUUUUCUUUUACCUUCUUUAGAUGCUUAACUACAUUAUACAUUUAUGGGCUUAAGCUAUAUGCAGCUCCAUUUGUGGAAUAAGUGUAGAAUAUGUCCCUUAAUAUUUGUUUUCAAAUUGCUUUUCAAUCUCUGUGAAAUGGUUUAGAAGAAGGUAGCAUUAAGAUUGUAUGAUAAGAUUGCACAAAAUAUAGUUUAUCUUGCUUUCUCGUAACCAAUCUGCAUGAUCGUUGGCGUGGUUUUAACGGGGAGUAAAAGCUUCACGUGGCUGUAACUGGUCACCCAACUCUAAGCAAA